GGUUUGCUCUUUCGUUUUUGCAGAUCUCUGAAAAAAAAAUGGCCGCCAGUCUUUCGUUCGAAGACUCUCUCCUGCACUUUUCCUUCGACCUGUACAAACAGCUGGCGUCAAAAAGUUCUUCGGGCGAAAACAUCUUCUGUUCUCCCUUUAGCAUCUCCGCUGCUCUUUCCAUGGCUCUGGCAGGAGCACGGAACGACACUGCCAAACAGAUCGCCGAUGUCCUACAUGUGAACAGCGAGGAAGUCCACAAGCAUUUUGCCAGCUUCAUGUCCAAGCUGUCCGGCUCUGCUCCGGACGUGAAGCUACUCGUGGCCAACCGGAUGUACUCGGAACAGACGUUUCCUGUCCUGGACAGCUACCUCGCCCUCCUUCGUUACUCGUACAGUACCACGGUCGAAUCCGUCGACUUCAAGACGCAGCAUGAGAAAGUUAGGCAGCAGGUCAACGCCUGGAUCGAGCAAGCCACUGAAUCGAAGAUCAAGGACUUGCUCCCUCCUGGAAUCGUGGACGACUUGACGACAUUGAUCCUGGUGAAUGCCAUCUACUUCAAGGGCCUCUGGAAAUUUCCGUUUGAGCCCCAGUGUACGCACCGUUCCGAUUUUCACUUGGACACGAACAACAAGAAGGAGGUCGACAUGAUGUACGCGGAAAACGAUUACAAAAUGAGCCGCAGCGACGAACUCGGGGUGACUGCUUUGGAGAUUAUGUACCAUGGCGGAAAGGCUUCCAUGGUCGUCCUGCUGCCGGACGACGUCGAAGGACUGUCUAAACUCGAAGCGAUCUUAAGCUCCGAGAAAAUCGCCAAGCUUUUGAAGGACCUGAGGAGGUGCUCGGACGUCAGGUUGUACCUUCCGAAGUUCAGGUUGGAGCAGAGCAUAAACCUGAAGCAAACGUUGAGCGCAAUGGGAAUCGAAGAUCUAUUCAGUUCUGCUGCUGACCUGUCGGGUCUGAGCGCGAUGGCAAAUCUCUCGGCUUCCGAAGUGGUGCACAAGGCAUUCGUGGAAGUCAGCGAGGAAGGCACGGAGGCAGCAGCAGCAACCGCCCUUGUGGGAGUGGCCAUGUGCGCUAGGAUGAGCGAGGAAUUUGUUGUUGAUCGCCCCUUUAUGUUCCUUAUUCGCAGCCAUGAGCCAGAACUCAUUCUCUUUAUGGGAUCCGUCCGCAAACUUUGAACGACUAGCAAAAAACGGCUUAGUAAUCGUGAAAUCAUAUACUUUUGAAGGCGUUGCCGUUACGUUAUGCCUUCUGGCAAUAGGUCUUGCGCAUUGCAGAAGCGUAGGUUUCCCAUUUUGCCCAUGGUGUGAGGGGGCGACAUAGCCGGCAUCGCGCCGGGCGCGGGGCAAGGUGGGGAGUCUGUGUCAUACCGGGCUGACUGCACAUACAUUCAGAUUGAGGUACGCAAUAUAAAUCUGGUAUUGUUGCCAGGAAAAUUUAGAAGCGUUCUUUUUUUAAAAGCAAGGUUCAUUCUAGCACUACUCUACAUGUCGGAAAUGAUACGUAGGUGCUAAUUAGGACUGCUUAGGUAUGCAUCCUUCUGAUAUUUUUCUGAUAUUUUUGAUGCCUGGUUUCCUUCGUUAUUCCUAC